AUGGAUCCGGAUACGGUCAAAUCAACUCUCUCGAAUCUGGCGUUCGGAAAUGUAUUGGCGGCAGCUGCUAGAGAUUAUAAGAAGGAAGUUCUUGCAAAUGAGAAGGCGCAAUCAUCAAAUCCAGCCAAUGUGGAGGUUGAUCUUGAUGAACUGAUGGAUGAUCCAGAGCUGGAAAAAUUGCACGCAGAUAGGAUUGCAGCACUCAAGAGAGAAGUUGAGAAGAGAGAAGCGUUCAAAAGGCAAGGACAUGGUGAAUACCGAGAGGUAAGCGAGGGAGAUUUCUUGGGCGAAGUCACCAGGAGUGAGAAAGUGAUAUGUCAUUUCUACCACAAGGAGUUUUACCGCUGCAAGAUUAUGGACAAGCACCUGAAGACUCUUGCUCCUAGACAUGUGGACACGAAGUUCAUUAAAAUGGAUGCAGAGAAUGCUCCUUUCUUCGUGACAAAGCUUGCAAUAAAGACUCUGCCUUGCGUUUUGCUUUUCAGCAAGGGAAUAGCGAUAGACAGGCUAGUCGGGUUCCAGGAUCUGGGCACAAAGGACGAUUUCACCACGACUAAGCUGGAGAACGUUCUGAUUAAGAGAGGAAUGCUCAGCAAGGCGAAGAAAGAGGAAGACGAUGAAGAUGCUGAAUAUCAAGAGAGCAUACGGCGGUCGGUUAGGUCUUCAGAGAAUCUGGACUCUGAUUCUGACUGA